UCGUCCUCCACAUUGGACCUCUGGGCGCCACAUUUGCAUAGUUUCAUGAUUGUUUUCUGGCACAAACAAGGAGGGGUGUGUUCAGAUGGUCCUCCUGUGGACGUGGCUGCAGGAGUGAGGUGGUCGGACGAACGAACAAAAGCUCAGUUGCGCCGACUGAGACGGACGACAGACGAUCAAGAUGCUCAAGCUUGUGUUCCUGGUUUCUUGCCUGGUGCCUCUGGCCCUGUGCUACCCUUACUACCCAUCGACAUGCUAUAGCAAGGUCCUGGUCAAGGCGCAGGAGGUCAACCACUUGGCUGCAUACGUCAAGAGCGCACCUGCAGUUAGCACUUGCGUGGCUCACCUACCAGCUUUCCACGUUGAUGUCCACAACGGUUGUGUGAUGUACAAAAUGAGACGCUACAUCUCCCUGGUGGACGGCCUCAGACACCACGGCUGCGCCUACAACGCAGAACUCAGAAGGCUUGGCUCCAAUCUGAAGCAGCUCCACCUCAUCCUGCGAGACAGAUGCCACGGGGAUCUGGCAUAUACAGGCUACGACUGCGCCGCCUUGGAACACUAACACUCCAGAUGCUGAAAUUGCAACAUCAUGGCCGUCUCAAGUGAAAUGUUAAAGAAGUCAUCUCGAGCUUUGUAAAGCAGCUCAUGUGAAAAGAAAGCACGAGGCGAGCCAUGCUUUUGUCCUUUAUUCUUUCAAUCUGCUACAGUUACAGUAACACAGUUAACUGAUGACUUUAAAAUCCCUUUUUUUGCUCCUUUCCACCAAUAACAAAACUGAACUGAAUUUCUAUAAUUUAUGCCAGUUUUCUAUGAUAUAUAUUCUGUUUUCAUACUUUAUCCUUUGAUGAUCGUGUGAUCAUUUUUCUGUCACUUCCUGUAUCUUUUACCUACAAUAAAAAACAUCUUGCAUAAA